AGCAGGAGCUGUGAGAAGCAGCAAUGGCCACUUCUGGCCCCUCUGCCCGGCACACUGUGAAUGAUUUACUUGGGUUUGGGGGCCUGCACACUCGUGGGCCCCCAGUGUGACCAGGCAGACUUGGCAUUCAGAGAGCGAACGCGGCAGGCAAGGGAAUUGUGUCUUUGAAAUCAGAGAAGGCUGCGGGUGGCCAGAGCACACAGGUGGAAGCGCUGGGGACAGAUGGACAGCAGCAAGGGGCCCUCUUAUGGCCCGUGAGGGUUACCCUCCAGAGUUCCAGGUACACCCCCUGUCCCUUUUGCAGCCAGGGCUCAGGGACAAGGAGCUCUGGAGCUGGAAAAGCCGGGAAAGGCCGGAGCCAGGCCCUGCUGCACUCAAUACCUGGACGGAACAAAGAAAAUUGUGUCAGCCAGGCUCGCAAGCCGAAGUCACAAGAUUGCAGGUAUCAUGCAGCACCCUGGAAUUCCUGCGAAAACUCACCCGGACGGGUGUGCUGCCCGCCACGCGGACACGGCCGUGCACCGCACUUUCCAGAUCAAAGCGUUUAGUACGGAGUUGAAAAACCAUGUGAUGGUCAUGGAUUUCGUGAAGAAGAACUGGUUCCCCUCCCAGAGAAGAGCCAAGGUGUGUAUCGUCCACAUGUACCAAGGCCUGAAGGCGGCCGAGCGGACGGCCAGCAGAUACGAGGGGACUCUGGCAUCACCCAGGCCGACAAUGAUUCCGUCCACGGCCAUCGCUCAGCUGAUGGAUGAGGGCAAGUCCAGAGAAGACGGGGCCGCCCUGCCCGUGCUGUGCGCGGACCCCCAGCUGCCCGCGUGGCCCGUGAAGCAGGCUCUGGCCAGCCGCAGCGGGGUCACCAUCGACAGGGCCUUCGCCUUCCUCCCCGGCCAGUUAGGGGUGCAGACGCCGGCGGGGUCUCGAGGACGCGAGGCCGAGCUGCCCCCCAAAGAGGAGAAGCCGGGCAGUGGCCCCCGGAAGGGGUUUGCCUCCAUCACCAUCACGGCCAGGCGCGUGGGCCCCCCGGCCGGCAGCCUGGUGUGGGGGGCUGUGGGGGACCCGCUGUGCACCCGGUGCAGGGUGCAGCACCCUCUGCUCAGGGACCCCUCUGUCCUGGCCAGCGGAGCCCAUCCCGGUCGGCACCGAGGGCCUUUCACCUGCACGGAAUCCUCCAGAAGCGGCUCAGUGAUGAGGCUGAGGUUCCCCGAGGCCCAGCUGCAGCUGUGUGACGGACACCAGUACUGGGUCACCAGCGUGGACCACAGGGAGGGCAGGUUUCCUCCCGACCCCCCACCGUCGGGAAAGGGCCCGCUGCUGUUCAGCUCCUGCGUCCACCUCAGGGUGUCUCAGCAGUGCCCGAAUGCCAUCUACUACCUGGACAGGCCCCUCUCCGUCCCCAUGGAGCAAACGCGCCUGGCUGGCCCCAAGAUGCACAGGUCCGUCCUGUCCCUCAACCUGCGCUGCAGUUCCCACGGACUGACACCAGAGGGGGCAGGCGGCACAGCCAAAGCAGGGCCAAUCAGCAGUGCCCUGAAGCCGCAGCUCCCCGAGGGGGGCCCCGGCCUCCUGGGUCCGCGCUGGACCCCGGUGGGGCCGCCCGCCCUGGGGCAGGUGCAUUUGGGGACCGGCACGUGUCCUUGGGGCGGCUCCUCUCCGUUGGACGAUGCAGAAUUUGCCGCCGCGGGCGCUCAGCAGAUCGCGGUGAGGAAAGGGGCGGAGGCCCCUGCCACGUGCUGUCACGCCGGCGUUCACACCGACCAGCUGUCCAUUCACAUCCCCGGCUGGAGUUACAGGGCGGGCGAUUACACGUGCUGCGAUUUGGUGGUGAAGCUGAAGGAAUGCCAGAGGAGCGAGGCCUCGGCCACCCCUGCGCCCGCCCCCGAGCCCAGGCCUGAGCCCGUGCCCACGCCCGUGCCACACCGGCCGGCGCCCUCCGCGGAACCGGAGGCCCCUGACCCGCAGGAAGACCUCUCGGAGUGCCAGCCACCGCUGGCCGCCGCCUCCUUGACCUUGCAGGAAGCCCUGGAGGUGCGGAAGCCCCAGUUCAUCUCCCGCUCGCAGGAGCGGCUGCGGCGGCUGGAGCGCAUGAUCCAGCAGAGGAGGGCCCAGCGGAAGGACGGCCCGGGGCCGAGGCAGGGCCCCCUGCCCGUCCGCGCCAGCAAGAAGCAGUUCACCGUCCCCCACCCGCUUAGCGAUAACUUGUUCAAGCCCAAAGAAAGGUACAUUUCGGAGAAGGAGAUGCACAUGCGCUCUAAAAGAAUCUAUAACAACUUGCCCGAAGUCAAAAAGAAAAAAGAAGAGCAAAAGAAAAGGCUGAUCUUGCAGAGUAACAGACUCCGCGCGGAAGUCUUCAAAAAGCAACUGCUGGACCAGCUCCUUCAAAGGAACGCCGUCUGACCGCAGGCCGCCCCGCCGCCCCGCCGCCCGGACCUGGGACGGCUUCACGCGCUGGGUAACCCAUUAAACUGAGCAUGGCAUCAAGCACCUAAUUUCACUUUUCAACUUUUUUUUUCAUAAAGGAAAACCUAGUUUUCUGAGUUGACGACCCAAACCGAGCAGAAACGAUGACGCUUCAGGAAGUGGGUCAGCAGAUGGGUGGGGCGUCUCGUCACAGAACCCACCAGGUCCCUUCCCUUCUUACUUCUGAAUUUUCCCUUUUGCUUCCGAUGUCCCCACCCUGCCCCCCAUUUCCACCUCGGCAGAAGGGCUUUGCGCACCCAUGUGGGUAUAGAUCCCUGGGGGGUCACUUUUUUUUUCCCCAUGAAAUUGCUGGGACCCAAACACAUCCCUUUUGCAGUACCAACCCCAGCUUCCGCCACUUCUGCAAACCCGGACUCCGGGUGACCACACAGUGUGUCUACAAUCUCUCUGGGUGUGUGCGCCUCCUAGUGCUGGGAGCUGCGCCCGAGAGCAGGGAGCAAGCGGCCUGGUGCCUGUGACCUGAAGUGGGGACCAGGAAGCCCUCACUGUCCCCCCCACUCCCCCCACCCCCCCACCGCCUUUCUCUGUUUAGCAAGAGUCUGCAUCCAUGGCCCCUGUCAGGGCAGAA